AUGUGGGCUUCGGGUGGUGGCCACGCAAGAGUUGUGAAUCUUCUCCUGGAAAACGGUGCAAAUAAAAAUGCAGCAGACAAGAAAGGGUUGACACCGCUGAUAUGGGCCUCGGUCGCAGGCCAUAAGGAAGUGGUGAAGCUCCUCCUGGAACUUGGCGCAGAGAAGAAGGCAGUGGACAAAGAAGGGAGAACGUCAUUGAUAUGGGCUUCCGACGGUGGUCAUGAAGAGGUACUGAAGCAUCUUCUGGAAUGUGGUGCGGAUAAAGAGGCAUCAGAUAUGGAAGGGACGACGUCACUGAUACGAGCUUCA